AUGGCGUCCGAUACCUCUCUCAUCAAUCGAUUAUGCAACGUUCGAAAAGAUGCCGAAAGUAUCAUGGAGAUCAGUGGUACCCCAGGCGCCGCUAUCGCUGUCAUGCACGAAGGCGAGUUGGUCCAUUCAGAAUAUUUGGGGCUGCGUGACCGAGAGAAUCAGCUCCCCGUGGACGAGGAGACCAUUUUUCCAUGCGCAUCGCUGACCAAGGCUGUCUUUUCUGCUGCAAUGGCUAUAUGUGUGGAAGAGGGUCUUUUUGAUUGGAAUACACCUGUCAAAGAUAUCGUGCCUGGCUUUCACACGCAAGACGAGACGCUACAUCAACAGAUGACUCCAGUCGAUUGCCUCUCACAUCGAGCCGGUAUGCAGUCAACACUUUAUUGGGUUGGCAGCAAUAACAAGAUACUUGUCCCGAAUGACAAGAGCCUCGACUUCGUCAACGACCUGCAGCGCGUUCAGCGGUUUCGCGAUUACUACCUGUACAAUAAUCUCGGCUAUGAGAUCGCUUCACACAUCCUCACGAAUGUCUCUGGUGGAGCUUGGGACGAGGUUUUGCACAAACGUAUCUUCGAGCCGCUGGAUAUGGCACGAACUGGUACGCGAGCGUACUUUCGGGCCGACAACGUAGCGAAGACUUACAUGACCCUGGACGAUGCUAGUAAUGUCGAGAUUACCCCGAUGCUGUCAGGCGGCGAUACCGUAGGUGGUCCUGGAUCUGCUAUGCGAAGCUGCAUCAAAGAUCUGGUGAAGUUGUAUGCUAGCUUUCUGAACGCCGGAAAACACCAGUUCGAGUCAGGCACAACAUCAACUCCAGGCUCGCCGUUGAAACAAGUACCUUUCCUCUGGUCACCCAAAGUCUCGAUGAAUCCAAUAACGUUUCGCGAGACCUCCUAUGCUUUGGGAUGGGCCCGUGUCCAGACACCUGGGCCCAUGGGCGCCAUUGGUAUCAACCCUUCGCUCGUGGCGCCGUCACAAGUCCCUCUGGUCGGCCGUGGAAUACCUUCAAGGCUCAUCUUGUACCAUCAGGGAUGUAUGCCGGGAAACCUCGCUGCAAUAAAUCUGAUACCAGAGACCCGGGGCGCUGUCUUGAUCCUCACUAAUUCGCUUGCUCUGAACGACGCGGCAGACUGGCUCGGCGAAUUAUAUCUCGAAGCUUAUCUCGACGUCCAGCAAAAGAACGACUACGUAUCUUUGGCUCAGGUGUCCGCUCGUAACGCGCUUGAUUGGUACCCAAAACUUGAGGCGGAGCUGUCACGCACAAAGUCAUCUGAGCCACCGCCGAGGGAGUUGCUUGCGUACGCAGGAACAUAUCGCAACUGUGCUCGGACAAUCGUGCUGCAGGUAUUGGUAAACGAUCAAAGUGGGUCUCUGAAUGUUAUGUUCGAGGGACUUGAGGACGAAGUGUGGACCUUGUUUCACAAUCAUGCUGACGUGUUUACUUGGUUGGUUCCAAGGAAUACACUCGCCCGGCGAGGACGCUUCACUACAAGUUGGUUCGACAGUGAAUACUUCAAAUUCAACUUCUACACGCACCCUGACGAACACCACAUACUCGGGCUUACAUGGAAGCACGACCCUUCGCUUUGCGGGCCACAACGGUUCAUAAAGGAAUGA